GGGGGGCUCGGCUCUUUCUGAUUCAUUCAUUCUCUGCUGGCUAGGCAGUUCGAAGUCUCUGGCAUUAAAAAGGGGAUAGAAGGAAAGAGAAAGAGAGAGAAUAUAUAUAUUAUCUUUUUUUGAUUUUUUUUUUUUUAAAGCAGUGAAUGAAGGGACCAGCGAAGGCAAAGCUCCAUUGUGUUUAGACGAAUAAGGAAAAGGGGUUAGAGGGAGGUGAGAUUUUGGGGCCCUCCCCCCCUCUCUUAUCUCUCAGCCUCCCGGGAGAUGUGCUGCUGCUCUCCCCUCUUGCUGCCAGCCUUGAAAUGGCUUCAUUUAUUCUCUUCUGGAGAAUGAAUCGAUCCUCCCCAGCCUUCUCUUCCUGUUCCCCACCUCCUCUAUGCUCAGAAUCCUAGAGGAGGGGGAGGGAAAAGAUUUCGCCUCCGUGGAGUAUCGUGCACGUUUGGGAGCUGUUAGGUUUGCGCUUUGAGAUUUUUCUAUUAAAAAAAAAUCUUUUCUAUUUACAAGGGGACAGAAACAGUUGCAUUUCAUCCCCAUUUUAGCAUUUUGAUUGCCAUUUUUUACAAAUUUUAAAAUUGCAUGCCCCGUUGUGUCGCGCUCCCCACCCGGUAGACCUGCAGGGGUGCCAGGGAGAUUUGAACGCACCGCCCGCUCUCCCUGCAGCUCGGAAAAAGAAAACGAGCAUCCUUCCUGCUCUUGGCGCGGGGACUGCAUCCUUGUGCAAAAGGACAUGCGAGCAGCGACCGCCGAACUCCUUUCUUAUAGGACUCCAUGAAUCUGGAUUGUGCAUCGACCCACGCGGACUCACGCUGUGGAAUGAGAAUUGGCCUCUGCUGUUCCCCAGCGCGGCAUUUUAACUCUCACAAGCAGAUGCCACCUCCUUUGCUUUGAACAUUUUGGGAUCUCCACGCGAGAGAUUCAUUUACCUGAGGAAACGAGCCGAAUUGUCUCGGCAUCCUUGAAAUACCUCCAGACACGCGCGGAUCACGUGGGGAACCAACAGCAGUAAAGCCACUGAAAAGACUCCUUAGGAAAUUCUUCUGUAGAGCAACUUAGGUGGAAGUUUUCACUGGGCAAAAUGGGGGAACAACCCAUCUUCAGCACUCGAGCUCACGUCUUCCAGAUUGACCCAAACACAAAGAAAAACUGGGUUCCUACCAGCAAACAUGCGGUUACAGUAUCUUACUUCUAUGACAGCACAAGAAAUGUGUAUAGAAUAAUCAGCUUAGAUGGCUCAAAGGCAAUAAUAAAUAGCACCAUCACCCCAAACAUGACAUUCACUAAAACAUCACAGAAGUUUGGCCAGUGGGCAGAUAGCAGAGCAAAUACUGUAUAUGGUUUGGGAUUCUCCUCUGAGCAUCAUCUUACAAAAUUUGCAGAAAAGUUUCAGGAAUUCAAAGAAGCUGCUCGAUUAGCAAAGGAAAAAUCCCAAGAGAAGAUGGAGCUCACGAGUACGCCCUCCCAGAGAAGAGGUGAAAAAAGCAGAAGGGGAACCCAUCAGGGUGGGACCACUUCCUUCGAACAAUCAGGGCAUAUUUUAUUGAAGAAAGGCUACGUGGAAUCAGCAGGAGGGGAUCUUCAGUCUCCUUUAACACCAGAAAGUAUUAAUGGGACAGAUGAUGAAAGAACUCAUGAAGUGACACAAAACUCAGAACCAAGGGCUGAACCAACCCAGAAUGCAUUGCCAUUUUCACAUAGCUCAGCCAUCAGCAAACACUGGGAAGCUGAACUGGCCACACUCAAAGGUAACAAUGCUAAGCUCACGGCAGCACUGCUGGAGUCCACUGCCAACGUCAAACAAUGGAAACAGCAACUUGCCGCCUAUCAGGAGGAAGCCGAGCGCCUACACAAACGGGUGACUGAGCUGGAGUGUGUGAGCAGCCAAGCAAAUGCAGUUCAUACACACAAGGCCGAGUUAAAUCAAACAAUACAGGAACUGGAGGAAACACUGAAGAAGAAGGAGGAGGAAAUAGAAAAAUUGAAACAAGAAAUUGAUAAUGCCAGAGAGCUACAGGAACAAAGAGACUCGUUGACUCAGAAACUACAGGAAGUAGAAAUUCGAAACAAAGAUCUGGAAGGACAACUCUCGGACCUAGAGCAGCGCCUGGAGAAAAGUCAGAAUGAGCAAGAAGCUUUUCGCAAUAAUUUGAAGACACUUUUAGAAAUUCUUGAUGGAAAAAUAUUCGAACUAACAGAAUUACGAGAUAACCUGGCCAAGCUCCUAGAAUGCAGCUAAAGGACCUGGGAUUUCAGUGCUGAUCCUCUAAAGACGCGCUGUCUCUUCUUCAUAGGACUACCUUGGGCUCUGCAUCAAAGUUGCACAAAAUUAGGAUACUACUCCUCCACGAGGAGGACCUAUUUGCAAAUUGGAAUAGGAUAUUUCAGUGUAAAAUUUAGAAUUCAGCUUGUAGCUAGUUAAAAACAAAAUGAAAAACUUGAACUACAAAUUACCUCCUUGUACAUUAUUGGCCAUAGUUAACUAGAAAGCUAUUAAUAGUCAUUUGAUGCAAUCCUUUUCUGAUAUUAGCCAGUGGGAGAAUUAGCAGUGUCUGGGUCACAUCCUCCCCCCCCUUUUUUUUUUUUUUGUGUUGGACACAGUUGUAGAUUAUCUGCUUUUUAAAUUUAUUUAUUUAAAAUAUCUAACUGCUGUGUUUUGUGCAAAAAAAAAAAAAAAAAAAACAACAAACCCCAAAUUUAGUGCUGAAAGCCCUGUGUUUUUAUUUUUGUUUUCGUUUUUUUUUUGUUGUUGUUGUUGAUGAUGUUGUUGUAACCUUAAUGAUUUCUCAGGAUACUUUGCACUGUUGAGAAGCAGUGUCUUUACCAAUUAAUUCUUGCCAGAAGUGAGAGAGAAAUGUAUCUUUAAUUGAAACACAGAUAAUAUAACUGCUUGUAUAGAGUUCUUCCCUUUUUUUAUACUGGAAGAUAUUUCACUCUUGUUCACUCUGGUAUUCUAUGAUACUGUCCAGUGUAUGGUUUACUUUUCCAUAUUGAUUCCAUGUAUUUAGGAUAAGAUAUUGUCUCCCAUUUUAUUACACAUUUUAAAGCCAACAAAUGAAGGCAGCUGAGUCCCUCAGAAAAAAUUUCUUUUUAAAUUUCUGAUAAAUUUGACAUACUGUACUGAACUAUAACAACCAGACGACAACGGUCUGGUUUGUCUAGCAAUGUUAAGGAUAUUUACAAAAUAUGCAGUUACAUUAAGAUGUUUUAUUUAUAUAUUUUGCAAGAAAUAUUUUCUGAAUGAUCAAUGCAUUUCAAUUUUAAGUGUAAUAGUGGCGAAUGGGGAACUAACUCUGUUUAUUAUAGCUCAUUUUAAGGAUGUAUAGCUAUUUUAAAGGGGAUACAUUUAUGUUGAAUUUGCCCGACUAAGAGGACUGUUUCUCACUGCUGUGAUAAUAGCAAAUUGAGAUAGAGACAGGUUUACUCUGUCUGGGUCUUCACACCACAUCUGUAUCCAAACCACAAUAGGCAAUAUUCUGAACUGUUAACUAGAUGUUUCAACAUGGGAAUUGAAUUCACUAAGCUAUGCUCAAGUGAACAGGUUUUAAAGUUGUUUUGAUGUAAUUUUAAAAAAGAUUUUUGGCAAACUUGCAUUUCUUUAUAUGAUAUAUUUAUUUUAAGAAAAUCUUUGAAAGGUAAGCCAAGCAUCAUUUUGUCUGCUUACUGAAUAGGAAUUGCAUCAAACUCCGUCCUCACUGUAAAAUACCUAUAAUGUUGAAGAGGAUUCUUUUUUAAAGUGGAUGAAUGAGUGUCUGACUUUGAAGAUCAGUCUCAAGAGGCACUGAUUUUUCUUUUGCACCCCACAUUAAUUUAAAAUGUUACGUACAAAGUUAAGAUUAUUAAUAAAUUUGUACAACAGACCACAUCUUUCACUUAAUGGACAGACUCUCUGUACUAGAACAUUUGGGUCUGUUUAUAUUUCUGUGUGUAUGUUUCUAAUGCACACUCAUUGAAUUUAUAUUAGAAAGAGUUCAAACACAAAUGGCUUAUUUAUAAAAUUACAGUUUUUCUUUAACAGUGAGUUAUCAGGUGUUUCCUGAAAACUUUCCAUCAGACCCUCAGUUAUCCUAUAUUAAUAUAUGUGCUCAAACAUCCUGUAAGUCACCUCCAUCUAUUUGAGGCUAUUUUCUCACCUCUUAUUCUGGGGAGAACAAUAUAGCUAAAUACAUUCAGAGCUGAGAUAUUUUUAUUCUAAGUCACGUAAUUAAUUUGAUUUGAUGGAUGGAAUUUAGAAGUAGAAGAUGUCAUGAUAUCCACAGAUCCCAAAAAAGAAAUAUUCAUUUAAAUGGAGGUUUUUAACUUGGGGAUCAGGGAAUUUAGUCAUAAAGAAAUAAUGUAAGUUGAUGGCAUGGCAAGUGAAUUAUCAUUUUAAUGAUGUAAUAAUUAAAAUAUUUUUACAAUUUGACAUAGGUGUCAUUUAGAUGUGGGAAAAUAGUUCACUAAAAUGUCUCCACUUGAAUUGUGUUAAUAUGUGAGACGUGUCAUUCAAUAUAUACAUAUAACUAUAUGUAUAUACACAGAAAAUUAUUUUUAAUAUUUUCCUACUGAAAUGAAAUUUGAAAUUGGAAAAUUUUUGAGAUUUUUUUUUCCUUGUCCCAUAGAGGAUAGCUUUUGUUUUUUAGAGAUUAACAAUCUAUUGAAGGCUGCACCUUUUAAAUUCCCAGAUUGUUAUAAGACAUGUACAUUAUAGGGGAUAAGAUGGAUAUAAGUGCACAUAUAAAUAAAAUUUUAUUGUUAUGAAUAUUUUAAAUGUUCCUGUACAACAGGUGCGUGUCUGGAAAUUGUCAUCUUCAGGUCAUAAUUAGAUUGUGUGCCUCCUGUAGGCCCUCCAUUUCUGUAUUAUGAAAAUGAUCAUUUACAUAUUUGAAAAACUAAUUUUUCCCAGAGAAAAGUACUAUAUAGAGUACUUAUAUUUAAAUCCAGCUGUGGGGACACAGUCAUAUAAAUAUUUGCCAGAAGAUAACCACAGAGUGCAGAUAUGGAAUAAUAUGGGGUGGGGGUGGGGGGACCAGAGCAAUCACAUCAUAUAUAACUUGUUAUAUGACAACUAUAGAGUCUUGUUAAAAAAUUUUUUGAAAAAAAAGAAAAAACAAAAAUACAAUUUUUAUUUUGAAAUACACUUGCUGUUCCUCUGGAGAAUGUACUUUUUCUCUUUAUUUUUUUUUUCUCAAAUCUUUUACAGGUAUUAAAAAAGUGUCUAAGUGAUGGCAGCAUUUACUUAAAUCUUAUAGGUGCUACUGGAUUUUGCAUUAGUGUGUUAUGUUGUGAAAUCCUGACUUUGACAUAAAAGGUUUUUAUAAAUAUUUCCCUGUGUGGAAAUUUAGUUUUUGGCCUCCCUACUCUUUCUCUUUUUCUCCUCCCCUCCAUCUUUUUUUUUCUCUCCCCCUCCUUCCUUCUCUUUCUUCCUCUCUCCGUCUCCCCCUUCCUCCCUUUUUCUAUUCCUCCCUCUCUUCCCCCCUUCCUCUUUCUCCCUUUUCCUCUCCCUCUCUCCCCUCCCUUUUCUUUCUUUUUUUCUCCCUCCUCUCCUUCUUUUUCUCUGUAAAUAACAGAAUCUCCAGGAAGUUUCAUAUCUUUUGGCCCAUUAGAAGAAUUCUAGGACCCACUUAUCCUUACUGCCUUGCUGUUGUUUAACUUGCAAAAAAGGAGAUAAAAUGAUCUUGGACUUGGAGAACUUUAGAGCUCAAAGUGGCCUUAGAUACCAUUUUAGUCUAAAAGUUAAAGAUGUUUACAGGUAGCUCUAAGGGCAUGAGGCCCCUAUCAAAACUAAACCAUAUAUUUUAAAUCAUUUCUUUAUCCAGCAAAAAAAAAUUUUUAUUCUAUACUAUUUGUGCUAUCGCCUUACCGAAAUAUUGAAUGUUAGACCCAGAAGGAACCCUUUAGACAUGGUCUACCCCUUAAUCUAUUUACAGAUGAGGAAAUAAGAGCUCCAAGAGAUGGGCUAACUGUCCACCAGGAUCAUAGAGUUGGUGGCAGAGCUUGAGAGUAGGAUAUGGCUUUCUAGCUCCUGGUCUGCAGAUCUUACAUUGGAACGGAGUAAGCCAUCUGUGAUUUGGUCUCAGUCAAAUCUAGCACAUUAUCAGGAUGUUAGGCGGGUCUUUUUUUUUAACUUUAGCUUUAAUUAUACAUCUUUUUUUAAAAAUAGCUUCAAAUGAUUUCUAUGGAUUCAUAAAUAUUUUUUCAUCAUUGAAUCUUAACUUUGCCUCUGAGAUAACUUGACAUUGUUCCUUUAUUGUUCAUGUGGAAAACACAAUUGAAACUUUAUAGAAGAAAAUUUUUAAGGUAAGAAGCAGAGAUUGAUACAAAUGCAUUUCUUAAAAAGAUCAAGUAGAAUCUGACUUAACUGUUAUUAUUAGCGAGUUGCAUUUCUCAGAAUAAAAUGUAUAUAUGAAAUGUUAUAAAAAAA